CAGCUUGAGAUGUUUUAGUUAAAAAAAUUCUGCCAUAUCGUGAUUCCAGCUCUUCUUAUUGUAUUUUUUGCUAUAAUCGAUAAAAUGAACAAAGUAUUUCUGAUAUCCAUAUUUGUGCUGAUGGUAUCCAUGGUAUAUUCAGUACCAGCUCCACAAGGCUUUGGCGGUGGCCAAGGAGGAUUUGGUGGAAAUCAAGGAGGAUUUGGAGGACAACAGGGAGGAUUUGGAGGACAACAGGGAGGUUUUGGUGGUAGUCAAGGGGGAUUUGGAGGUGGCCAAGGAGGAUUUGGAGGACAACAAGGAGGUUUUGGAGGGCAACAGGGAGGUUUUGGAGGAGGUGGAGGAUUUCCAGGUAACCAAGGAGGCUUUGGAGGUAGUCAAGGAGGAUUUGGAGGUAACCAGGGAGGAUUUGGAGGUAACCAAGGAGGAUUUGGAGGCUUUGGACGGUAAAAAGCUUCCAGAAGGAAGAUAUAUCUUAAAUGAGUUUGUUAGUUUGACGUUAUUUUCGUUUGUUGUCAUUGAAUACCUUAUGGUAAAAGAGUUUAGAUGUUAUAUUAAUUCAAUAACUAUAAAUCAAAGUGUAUUUUGCCAAUAAAUGUGUACAAAAUGUUUAAAUUUAGUGUAUUAAGACUUUUUAUCAAAUUUUCCAGUUCUGUGUAGAUUGUACUUAUUGAUAAUACUUGUAAUUUAUUUGU